AUGUAUCUUGUAUCAGGUCUCUUUAAAUUUUCAAUAUCUGGCAAGAUGAUUAUUGAAGCAACUGAUAUCAACUAUUUGAGAACAUCAACUAUUACUCAUAGUGCACAUGAAAAUUACUUUUCAACAAUUUCUAAUACUUGGUCAAUUAUUAAUGACAUUGCCAAUGAUAUUGAAUCUGCUUUAACCCAAGUUCUGAAAGUUGAUAAACCUAUAAUUGCCUUGGUUAACUGUAGUGCUGCCACUGUUCUGGACCUAUCAAAAAAUACAGCAACCAUUACAAAUUCUGAUGUGCAAAGUGAUUCAUCAUAUAAGAAAAAUUAA